AUGGGUCUCAUUAUAUCAAGAUUUCGCCGCAAGAAAACGACAAAAGACAUCUUAGAAGAUCUAGAAACGAAAAUCAAAAGAAUAGAAAAAGAUGGCGAAUACAAAGAGCAAACACAUAAACGAGUUAUUGGGCUGAUAAUGGUUAAUUCAGUUGGACUGUAUGUGCUGUUUGCGUUGCUCUACUACUUCAUAUAUGUAGGCAAGAGUCAGUACUGGGUACAUUCGCUGAUGUAUGCCUCUCCGUUACUACUGCUUCCAGUUUUGGUGAUAUUCCUUCGCGCAGCAAUAUCAGCGUACUACAACUGGAGUCUGAAUAAGAAUAGAGUGAAGUUGUCCAAGAUGAGAGAAGAAAAAAAGAAGAUUUUAGAGGAAGUCAUGGAUACCGAGACUUAUAAGGUCGCGAAAGAGAUCCUAGAUAAGUAUGGUACACCUGAUGAACACUCAAAGGCCUUGAAGCCAUUCACACCGGCAAUAAAUGCACCCAGUCUUCCUUCGACCCCUAUACAACAGAAGCAAAGGCAGUUAGCGAUGCUGACGUCGACGCCAAGGAACAUGCACAUGGUAGCAGCCACGCCGGGUGCCAUUCUUAACGGACCUCGGCUAAGGUCGGAUCAGCUGCCACGCCCAUUACCGGACAGUAAUAAGUCGGCGUUGGACAAAGUUGUGGACUAUUUGCUCAAAGACGGACCGAACUAUAGGAUGGCACUCGUUUGCACUGAGUGUUUAUCGCAUAAUGGAAUGGCAAUGAUCGAGGAAUUUGACUACGUGUCAUACAAAUGCGCGUACUGUGGUCGGCUUAAUCCAGCAAGGAAGCAGCGCCCAUCCGCGCCCGCCCUGUGUUCGCCGCCCGCCCUUACUUUUAAUAAUGGUACACUUGGUGGUGGUGAUGACUCUUCCCUUGCAUCUUCUGGUACUGAGAGUGAAGAGGAAAGAGAAACCGAUAAACGCACUGAUACCGAAGAAACAGAUCAUCCACCCUCACCGGUUGAGGGGGAGCCGAAAUCUGAAGAAGAGAAGAAACAAGACUGA